UAAACAAAGGGUUAAUUGGUUAGCUACUGUGGGCUGAAUGCCCAUGCGUCGGCUCGGCCGUCUCAAACCCGAAGAGAAAAGAAGUCGUCAAGCCGUCGACUUGUUCGGUUGUUUGCCUUGCCCACCGAGCCUCCCGCAGCUGUCUCGCUCGCGGUUUUUCUACUCCAUCUCGCCUCCGCGGCUCCGCCUCGCGUCGCUCGCCAUGGGCAAGUCCAGAUCCGGGGUGCUGCUGGCGCUGCUCCUGGUCUGCGCCGCGGUGGCGGCGGCGGCGGCUGCUGCCGUACCGGGCAGCAAGGGGAAGGGCGGGGCGGGUCGGGCGGAGGUGGCGUGCUCGGAUCUGGCGACGCGGGGGGAGUGCGUGGCGAGCGGCGGCGGGAGCAGGUGCCGGUGGUGCCGCAGCGAGGCGCUCGAUGACAUGUGCUUUGGGGCCGCCGAGGCGUGGAGGCUGCCCAACCAGGUGUUCUCUUGCGACCCGCCCGCCGGCGGCGUCGCCCACGCCCGGAGAUGACGAUGCAGCCUAGGCGGCCACUGCUGUCGUCUUGCUCGCGAUUAAUCUGUUGUACCCUCUCCCCCUCUGUUCUCGUUGGAUUUGAGAAUUUAAGAACUACUGUUUCCUGGUGUUAAGUACUCCAGAUCCUUGGAUGCCACAUAGACGAUUUUCCACUCUACUUUUCUGUAAUGUAUGUUUUGAUCAGAAAUCUGCCGAUCGAUUUUAUUGAUUGUUGAUGCUUGA